GGGAACGUGGGGAAGCCAGGAGCUGGAGGCAAGGGGCUCCCAUUGGCUGAGUGGACACUCCCGCGGGGGUCUCAUCGUCAUUUGAGAAGCCAGGAUUCCACCUUGCAACCACACAAUGGACAUUACUCCCGUAUUCAACCAGGUGUUGGCCAAGCAUGAUGCGCGGCCAGUUGAACCGUAUGUCCAUCAGACAGCGGAACUGGACGAGUUUCUAAAAGAGGCAUACCGCAUUCGAACACACAUCACGAAGCUGCACACAGAUCUCAAGUCGAUACGGCAGAGCUACCUAUCGACUGCUGCCCCACCACGCCGAAAACAGUUUACGCGCGCAAGCAACUCUGCGGACAAGGACUCGAAGUAUUUGUCUGACGCCGAGCGCAACGACAUUGACGUCCAGGCUAAGCAAUCACUGCGCGAGCUGAACCAUGCCAUCAACACCCUACGCGAUGCCGAAGAAAUACGUCAGACUACGGAGACACAAGUUGCACUAAAGAAGCGCGCACGGCAAGGUCUUGGUGCGCUGGGACGAUGGGCUGCCGGCGGCGCAAUAACGGCGAAGAGCGUCGAAGAAGAACUGGAGGAAGCCAAAGCAAAUACUCUCAAGGCGCACAGAGAGAGUGUCUUAUGGUCCUUGGAGAACCAGCUGGUCGAUUGCGGACGCUUCCAGAGCUCGAUGAUGGAGAUUCGACUCAUGAGGGAAGUGGAGAAGAGCAAGAGCGUGCUGCAUAAGACGCGAGUGUCUAUGCCAUCCACGAGCAACUUUGGUGGAACAAGUGCCACAACGAACGCUGGGACAGGCCCUGCUGCGUAUCGUGGGAGCACCUCGCACGUCCAAGAAGAGACAAGCGAAGCAGUCGAGAAGCAACUUGAUCCUGAGCAGCUGCAGCUCUUCGCGCAAGAGAAUCAGGACAUGUUGAAGCAGUACGAGGAUCAGCUCGACAAAGUCCGGGCAACGGAGAAAUCACUCACGGAGAUCUCGGAGCUGCAGACGACGCUCGCAAACAACCUCAGCAUCCAGUCGGCGCACGUCGACCAGCUUGUACAGGACUCGUUCUCGACGACGGAAAACGUCGGCAGCGGAAACAAGGAGCUCAAACGUGCGACGGAGCGGAGGAGCACAGCACGGAUGGUCUUUUGGUCGACGUGUGCCUUUUGCACGACACUUGUUCUGUGGGACCUAUUCAUAUAGCAAGUGAUACGCACUUGUCAAUUUGUUACUUGCAAACACCUGCUGAGCCGACGGCCAGCUAACAGAAGCUUCUUCUUGUGAUAUUCACUGCAUGUGAGACGCCACGGAGUGGGUCAACAUCGUUGGACCCGUUGC